AUGAAUUCAACUUCUCUUCACCAUUGUAGAACAAUUACUCAAUCUGUAAGAGAAAAUCCUUUAAAUAGCUUUUUCGAUCGACUCAGUUCAGCUCAAUUGCCAAACUACAAUCAGAUUAUUCAAAAACCAAUAGAUUUUGAAACGAUCUUGAAAAAUCUCGAUCAUGGCGAUUAUAAGACCAUUGCUGAGUGGUACAAUGAUAUGCUGUUAGUAUAUCAAAAUGCUUUAACAUAUCACCAACCAGAUGGAGUUUGGCAUCGCGUUGCAGAGUACUGCCUGGCCGAUUUCAAGAAAAGAUAUCAUGAUAUACAAACCCAGUCAAUGCAGAAAUGGUAUGAGCUUCUUAAUCAGAAAAUGGUUUCUCUUAGCGAAUUAAUUGGAAACAGUCCAGUUCCACAAAUUAUAGAUCCACUUAUUAUUUCCGUAGUAAAGAAGGCAGAGUUGAUGGAUCCGCCAUCAUCUUCAGCAAUUGCUGAACUUGUAGAAACAAUUAACAAAAAGAUCAAUGAACAACAAUUUAAAGUCGAUAUAUUAACAAUACUAAACAAAACACAGCCAGAGUUGAAAAUAGAAGGCGAAGAAUUUACUGUCGAUGCAGACACCUUAAAUAACACUGCAUUAAAUGCAUUGAUAUUAUACUCAUCUUCCUGCUAA